CCUUAUUCCCUUAUUCCCUUUGAACGUAACGAUAACGGAUACGUUGUUAUCUAGCCAUGUACAAUAAAUAUCUGAUAUUAUCCUUGAUUAAUAUGCCUGAAAUACCGAAAACUUUUAAUUACAAAAUUUAUAAAAUGUCUAAUCGAAUUUAGAAAUCAAUUAGAUAUUCCAAGAAUUAAGGGUUGACGCGCAAUUUUUAUUCCCAAAAAAAAAAAAUAAAUGGUACUCUUUAAAAUUUUAAGUGAAUCAUGAUAAUACGAUGAUACACAUGGUCUAUUGAAAUUUUCCGAUUUGAGAUUUGCAACUUAUCAAUUGCAGAAACGUUAGUAUGAUUAUUCCAUUUUUAAUUCAAAUUAAUAAUUCUACUAUUACAAUAUCUAAAUAUGUAAAAAUUACUUUUAAGGAGUAUAAAAGACGCUUCAAUUAUGAAUUAACUUAUUUCACUCAGAGUUAAAAUGAACCGAUACUUAUAUGUUACUUUUUCUAUAUUAUGCGUCGUUAUAUUAACGACCAACACGAAUGCUUUUCCGGGUGACUUGGUUGAACCCCAUAAUAAAUCUUAUAUUGAACAAUAUCAAUCCGAAAAAUUGGAUUUUCUAACCGUUGGUGAUUGGGGUUACGAUGGGAUUGAACCAGGUCAAAUAUAUGGAAAUCAAAGUAUCGUAUCUAUGGCUAUGAAGGAUUGGGCUGAAUAUUAUAGUAGUGAUUUUAUAAUUAAUACUGGUGACAGCUUUUAUAUUAAUUAUGAUGGAGACCAUGAAGGAGUUAAUAGUGUGUAUGAUCCGAAAUGGAAUAAAGUCUGGAAAGAUGCAUAUAAAGGCAGAUUAGCUGAAAUUGUUUGGUACUCCGUAGCUGGAAACCAUGAUUGGUAUGGGAAUAUUACUGCUCAAGUUGAUUAUAGUUUAAAUUACGAUAAGCGCUUCUUCUUACCAUCAACAUUUUAUGUUCGUGAAUUGUACUUUGGUCCAAAAAACACGAAAGUCGUAUGGAUUCAUAUCGAUACAAAUAUUUUCUACUAUGAACCAUCAAACCCUGAAAAACUAGACAUGAUGACACAACUUAAACAAGUUGGAUGGGAUACUGUACAAACAAUUGAAGAUAAAUUAAAGUGGAUUGAAGAUAGAUUAAUUGAACAACAAAAUUCAACAUGGAUUUUCGUUGUUGGUCAUCAUCCUCUUGUUGCUACAUGCGCAAACCAAUAUUAUAUGGGGAGCUUGAGACCGCUUUUCGAGAAAUACCGUGUAGCUGCUUAUUUCUCGGGACAUGAACAUAAUUUAGCAAUAGAAACAGCAAAAGACGGUCAGCCUGUUACGUAUUUCUUAUCAGGUGCUGGUAGUAAAACAAGAAUAGGUUGUGAUGGAAGUGAUUGGGGUGCACCAGUUGGUACAUUGGGAUUUUUACAUACUAUUUUAACAGAAGAUAAAUUUACUUAUGAAUUUAUUGAUUCUACUACGGCUCUUGAACCUAAAAUAGUUUAUACAGGAUUUUUUACUCCUAGACCUUAGAUUUAUAUUUAUCUAUUUAUUUGUUAAUAUUAAUUAAAUUUUAACCGCGAUCCGCAGAUUUCAUUAUGUAUCACGUGGCGAAUAAGAUCUAA